AUGGCUCCGCAGGCAAAAAUUGUGAACAACACCCUCCCCAAAAUAAGCCUGCGCUCCCUGCCAGGCUUUGGGCACCAGGUGGGCUUCAACACCCAGCUGCUGGUCGAGAGCCCCAGUGCACUGGGCAGGGCGCUCUGCGUGCAGGUGGAAGCAGAUGUGGUCAUGCUCGUCCAGGACAAGCAGGCGGCUCUCCAGGACAAUAAAGACUGCAAGACUUUUGACAUAAACAUCCGUGUGAGACCCAAAGUGCCACUUCUGGAUCAGCCUUUAAAACGCCUCCUUAGUGAUGUCCUGCGUGAGGCGGGGUGCGACAUUGUCAACACCAGGCUCAACGUGGUGAGCACUCUGCUCGGCUCCAGGACCUCCGCGCUCCCGCUCGGGGCUCUGGGAGACCUGCCCCCCUUUUCCAUCAUCAGUGGUGACGCUAUCCAGCUGGAUCUAAAUCUCAGCCUCUCCCAGCGCGCCCUCGGCAUCCUGCUGGAGACGGCCCAGGGCCAGGGAGCCUUCAACCUCAGCAUCACCAACUCGAUGCUCGCCAAGAUCUUCCCCGGCUCUCUGCCGCUGGAGCUGCGCGUGCGGGUGGCCAACGAGCCAGUGGUGGCCGUGAGAGGCAGAAGAGCCACUGCCACCCUCAAAGCCUCCAUCGAUGUCUUCAGUCCCGCCCUGCAGUCCUCCCAGAAGCUCCUCUUCUCCCUCGACACGGACAUCGUUCUGAACGUCAUCCCAUCGGUCUCCGAUGGUGAACUGCGAACCUCUCUGACUCUCGACAGCAUCAACAUGACAGAGACACCCCUGAGACUCGACCCUCCCAGUGUCUCCCAGCUUGUAGGAUGGCUCAAGCAAGUCCUUGAGGCUGCAUACGUACCUGCCAUUAAUGGUCCUGCCAGCACCCACAGCGCUCCCAGCCAAGCAGAAGACACCAUGCCACCGGCUCUGGGCAUUGCCCUCUUGUAUGCCCUGCUGACCCCAUCACUAAGCGAGCAAAAAGAUGCCGUCCUCAGGCUCAGUAAAGAUGUUUUAAGUGAUGCUCUUACAGGCUCGCUCAGGCAAGGCAACACCCUCCAAGGUGCCCUCGGAGAGGUGCCGCUCGGCAGCGGACGUCCCGGCACAGAUGAGAGUGGAGACCUGGGUGACAUCCCCGCAGGGGUUGCUGGAGGAGUGCUGGGACAAGGAGGUCUGCUCGGUGACGGAGGUCUCCUCAGCACAGCAGGGAUCCUCGGUGGCUCCAGUGGCCUUCUUGGCAGAGGAGGGCUUCUGGGCAACGGAGGGCUGCUGGGAGGCGGCGGCCUGCUCGGCAUCCUCGGGGAAGGCGGCUUGCUCAGCACGGUCCAGGGGCUCACCGGGCUGAGGAUCGUGGAGCUGACACUCCCCAGGGUGUCCCUGCGGCUCCUGCCUGGCAUCGGCGUCCACCUCAACCUCUACACACGGGUGGCCCUCAAUGCCAAGAGCCUCCUGGGUUUGCUCGACAUUGCGGUGGAAGUGAACAUCACGUCAAGGGUCAGGCUAACCAUGGACGGCACAGGCUACCCCAAACUGGUGACAGAAAGAUGUGAUACCCUCCUUGGUGGCAUUAAAGUCAGACUCCUGAGAGGCCUGCUCCCGGUUGUGGAUAAUUUAUUGGCAAGUGUCCUGAACAGACUUCUUCCUAAUCUGCUCUGCCCGGUGGUCGACGUUGCCCUGGGACUCGUCAACGACCAGCUGGGUCUUGUGAACUCACUGGUGCCCCUGGGCUUGCUGGGCAGUAUCCAGUACACCGUGUCCAGUCUUCCCCUGGUAACCAGCCAGUUCCUCGAGGUAGACUUGAAUACUGUCGUCGGGCAAGUGGCAGGAGGCCUGGUGGACUAUCCGCUGGGAAAGACAGAAGCUGUCCCCACACCACCACGGGUCCCCAUGCCACCCCUGCCACCGAUGGUGGACACCAGUUCCUCCCAGCUGGGCCUCUCUGUGAACUUCCUCAGCUCGGUGCUGUCUGUCCUGCAGAAGGAGGGUGCCCUGGACCUGGACAUCUCUACCGGCAUGUUUCCUGAGCUCCCGCCACUAACAACAUCAUCCCUUGGAGCCCUGGUUCCUGCGGUUUUCGAGGCGUACCCCGAGUCACGUGAAUUGCUGCUGAAAAUUGCAGUCCCUGAAGCACCUGUGGUGACCUUAAAGAAAAAUAAAGGUGUGAUCCAGCUCAUGGCUACAGCAGAGGUGAUGGUGAUCCACCCAGAUGAUGUCCAGAGGUCGCUCUGCCUUCUGAAUAUUAACACCUCCUUGCUGGCCCAGUUUUCGGUUGAGGACAACAAACUGAAGAUUGGCGUCAGCCUGGAGAAGGCUGAUCUCUCCUUGGUGUCUUCAUCCGUUGGUGGUUUUGAUGUCUCACUCCUGGAGAUGCUCGUUGACCAGGUUUUCGAUGUUGCCUUCCUGCCUGCAAUGAACAGCGUGCUGGGAGUGGGGGUUCCCCUCCCGAGGCUGCUGAACAUCGACUUCACCAGUGCGGACAUCGAUGUCAUGGAAGAUCUCAUCGUGUUGUCGGCGUGA